AGCGGCGGCGGCAGGAGCAGGCGGACGUGCAGGAUGAGGCUGCGGCUUCUGGUGGCCGUGCUCUGCGCCUGGAUCCUGGCUGGGGCGUCCGGAGUGUGGACCCAGCACAGGGAGAGAGUGACCUGCACGCGCCUUUACGCCGCUGACAUCGUGUUCCUACUCGACGGCUCCUCGUCCAUCGGUCGCAGCAAUUUCCGGGAAGUGCGGAGUUUCCUGGAGGGGCUGGUGCUGCCUUUCUCUGGGGCAGCCAGUGCACAGGGUGUGCGCUUUGCCGUUGUGCAGUACAGUGAUGACCCACGGACAGAGUUUGGCCUGGAUGCGCUUGGCUCAGGGAGCGAUGUGAUCCAUACCAUACGUGAGCUCAGCUACAAGGGGGGCAACACUCGUACAGGGGCUGCAAUUCUCCAUGUGGCUGACCGUGUCUUCCUGCCCCAGCUGGCACGACCUGGAGUCCCCAAGGUCUGUAUCCUGAUUACAGACGGGAAGUCCCAGGACCUAGUGGAUACAGCUGCCCAAAGGCUGAAGGGGCAGGGAGUCAAGCUGUUUGCUGUGGGGAUCAAGAAUGCUGACCCCGAGGAGCUGAAGCGAAUUGCCUCACAGCCGACAAGUGAUUUCUUCUUCUUUGUCAACGACUUCAGCAUCUUAAGGACACUAUUGCCCCUUGUUUCCCGGAGAGUAUGUACAACCACUGGUGGUGUGCCUGUGACCCUGCCUCCUGAUGUCUCAACCUCUGGUCCACGGGACCUGGUGCUGUCUGAGCCAAGCAGUCAAUCCUUGAGAGUACAGUGGACAGCGGCCAGUGGCCCUGUGACUGGCUACAAGGUCCAGUACACUCCUCUGACAGGGCUGGGACAACCAUUGUCAAGUGAGCGGCAGGAGGUAAACAUCCCAUCUGGUGAGACCAGCAUGCGGCUUCAGGGUCUCCGGCCACUGACUGAGUACCAAGUGACCGUGGUUGCCCUCUACGCCAACAGCGUUGGGGAGGCUGUGAGCGGGACAGCUCGGACCACUGCCUUGGAGGGCCCAGAGCUGACCAUCCAGAACACCACAGCCCAUAGCCUCCUGGUGGUCUGGCGGAGUGUGCCAGGUGCCACUGGCUACCGUGUGACAUGGCGGAUCCUGAGUGGUGGGGCCACACAGCAGCAAGAGCUAGGUCCUGGAGAGGGGUCAGUGUUGCUGCGUGACCUGGAGCCUGGCACAGACUAUGAAGUGACUGUGAGCACCCUGUUUGGCCAUAGUGUGGGAACUGCCACUUCUCUGACAGCCCGCACUGAUACCUCUGUUGAGCAGACCCUGCACCCGGUCAUCCUGGGCCCCACAUCUAUCCUCCUUUCCUGGAACUUGGUGCCUGAGGCCCGUGGCUACCGGUUGGAGUGGCGGCGUGAGAGUGGCUUGGAGCCACCACAGAAGGUGGUGUUGCCCUCUGAUGUGACACGCUACCAGUUGGAUGGGCUGCAGCCAGGCACUGAAUAUCGCCUCACACUCUAUACUCUGCUGGAGGGCCGUGAGGUGGCCACCCCUGCAACCGUGGUCCCCACCGGGCCAGAGCUUCCUGUGGGCCCUGUGACGGACCUACAAGCAACCGAGUUGCCUGGGCAGCGGGUGCGCGUGUCCUGGAGCCCAGUCCGCAGUGCCACUGAGUACCGCAUCACUGUGCGCAGCACCCAGGGGGUUGAGCGGACCCUGGUGCUUCCCGGGAGUCAGACAGCCUUUGACCUGGAUGAUGUUCGGACUGGGCUCAGCUACACUGUGCGGGUGUCUGCUCGAGUGGGCCCCCGUGAGGGUGGUGCCAGCAUUCUCACCAUCCGCCGGGAGCCGGAAACCCCGCUUGCUGUUCCAGGGCUGCAAGUCGUGGCAUCAGAUACAACGCGAGUGAGGGUGGCCUGGGGAUCUGUUCCUGGAGCCACUGGAUUUCGGAUUAGCUGGAGGACAGGCAGUGGUCCGGAGUCCAGCCGGAUAUUGUCCCCAGACUCUACUGCCACAGACAUCGUGGGGCUGCAGCCUGGAACCUCCUACCAGGUGGCUGUGUCGGCACUUCGAGGGAGAGAGGAGGGCCCCCCUGUGGCCAUCGUGGCUCAAACUGAUCCACUGGGUCCAGUGAGGACGGUCCAUGUGACUCAGGCUGGCAGCUCAUCUGUCACUAUUACCUGGACCAGGGUUCCUGGUGCCACAGGAUACAGGAUUUCCUGGCACUCAAGCCAUGGCCCAGAGAAAUCCCAGCUGGUUUCUGGGGAGGCCACGGUAGCUGAGCUGGAUGGUCUGGAACCAGAUACUGAGUAUACAGUACAUGUGAGGGCCCAGGUGGCUGGUGUGGAUGGGGCCCCUGCCUCUGUGGUUGUGAGGACUGCCCCCCAGCUUGUGGGCAGUGUAUCAAGGUUACAGAUCCUCAAUGCUUCCAGCAACAUUCUGCGGGUCACCUGGGUAGGGGUCACUGGGGCCACAGCCUACAGACUGACCUGGGGCCGGAGUGAAGGUGGCCCAACAAGACACCAGAUACUCCCAGGAAACACAGACUCCGCAGAGAUCCGGGAUCUUGAAGGCGGAGUUAGCUACUCCGUGCGAGUGACCGCACUUGUCGGGGACCGUGAAGGAGCACCUGUCUCCAUCGUCGUCACCACGCCGCCUGAGGCUCCACCAGCCCUGGAGACCCUUCGCGUGGUGCAGCGUGGGGAGCACUCACUGAGGCUGCGCUGGGAGCCCGUGCCCGGGGCGCAUGGCUUCCGUCUUCGUUGGCGACCAGAGGGUGGCCAGGAACAGUCCCGGAUCCUGGGACCUGGGCUCAGCAGCUACCACCUGGAUGGGCUGGAGCCAGGGACACUGUACCGCGUGAGACUGAGCAUUCUGGGACCUUCCGGAGAAGGGCCUCCCACAGAGGUGACUGCACGCACUGAGUCACCUCGUAUUUCAAGCACUGAACUACGUGUAGUGGACACCUCGAUUGACUCCGUGACUCUGGCCUGGAACCCAGUGUCUGGGGCAUCCAGCUACAUCCUAUCCUGGCGGCCACUCAGAGGCCCUGGCCAGGAAGUGCCUGGGACCCCACAGACACUUCCAGGGAUCUCGAGCUCCCAGCGGGUGACAGGGUUAGAGCCUGGUGUCUCUUAUAUCUUCUCCUUGACACCUGUCCGGGAGGGUGUGCCAGGUCCUGAGACCUCUGUUACGCAGAUCCCAGUGUGUCCCCAUGGCUUGGUGGAUGUGGUGUUCCUACUGCAUGCCACUCGAGACAAUGUUCACCGUGCAGAGUCUACAAGGAGGGUCCUGGAACGGCUGGGGACUGCACUUGGGCCUCUUGGGCCACAGGCAGUCCAGGUUGGCCUGCUGUCCUACAGUCACCGGCCCUCCCCAUUGUUCCCGCUGAAUAGCUCCCAUGACCUUGGCAUGAUCUUGCAAAAGAUCCGUGACAUCCCCUACAUGGACCCAAGUGGAAACAACCUGGGCACAGCCGUGGUCAUGGCUCACAGAUACCUAUUGGCACCAGAUGCUCCUGGGCGCCGCCAGCACGUGCCAGGGGUAAUGGUUCUGCUAGUGGAUGAGUCCCUGAGAGGUGACAUAUUCAGCCCCAUUCGUGAGGCGCAGGCUGCUGGGAUCAAUGUGGUGAUCUUGGGCUUGAUGGGAUCUGACCCAGAGCAACUACGUCGCUUGGUGCCAGGCAUGGAUCCUGUCCAGACCUUCUUUGCAGUGGAUGAUGGUCCAAGCCUGGACCGGGCAGUCAGUGACCUGGCUGCAGCCCUUUGUCAGGCAUCCUUGGCUCCUCAGCCCGAGCCAGAGCCUUGCUCAGUGCAUUGUCCAAAGGGCCAGAAGGGGGAACCUGGAGUGAGGGGCCUGAAAGGACAAGCUGGGUCUCCUGGCGACCCUGGCCUUCCGGGCAGGACUGGUGCUCCUGGCCCUCCAGGGCCCCCUGGAAGUGCCAUUGCAAAGGGCGAGAAGGGCUUCCCUGGAGCAGAAGGGCCUCCAGGUAGCCCUGGUCGCCCUGGAACUCCUGGUACCCCUGGGACCCCUGGCCCGAAGGGCUCCUCAGGGUGGCCUGGCCCUCGUGGGGAACCGGGAGAGCGAGGACCUAGAGGCCCAAAGGGGGAGCUGGGGCCUCCUGGCCAGGUCAUUGGAGGCGAGGUUGGGCUUCCUGGGCAGAAAGGGGACCCUGGACCUUCGGGCCCCACUGGACCUCGUGGACCGCUGGGGGACCCAGGACCCCGGGGUCCCCCAGGCCUUCCUGGAACAGCUGUGAAGGGUGACAAAGGUGAUCGUGGGGAACGGGGUCCCCCUGGACCAGGUGAUGGUGGCACUGCUCCCGGGGAGCCCGGGUUGCCGGGUCUUCCUGGAAGCCCUGGACCCCAAGGCCCAGUUGGCAUCCCUGGAGAGAAAGGAGAAAAGGGUGACUGUGAGGACGGAGCUCCAGGCCUCCCAGGACAACCCGGGACCCUGGGUGAACGGGGCCCACGGGGACCUCCUGGAGCCAUUGGCCCCAAAGGUGACCGGGGUCUGGCAGGGGCCCAGGGUGAGACCGGAGAGAAGGGUGAACGUGGACCCCCAGGCCCUGCUGGGCCCCAGGGGCUGCCUGGCAUUGCUGGACGUCCUGGAGCUGAGGGUCCUGAAGGGCCACCAGGACCUGCUGGUCGCCAAGGAGAGAAGGGGGAGCCUGGUCGCCCUGGGGACCCUGCAGUGGUGGGACCUGCUGGUGCUGGAGCCAAAGGAGAGAAAGGAGAUAUGGGGCCCUCUGGACCCAGAGGAGCCACUGGAGCCAAAGGGGAACGGGGCCCACCCGGCUUGGUUCUUCCUGGAGACCCUGGCCCCAAAGGAGACCCUGGAGACCGGGGUCCCAUUGGCCUCACUGGCAGAGCAGGACUCCCAGGUGACUCAGGGCCUCCUGGAGAGAAGGGAGACCCUGGACGGCCUGGUUCUCCAGGACCUGUGGGCCCCCGAGGGCGAGAUGGUGAAGUUGGAGAGAAAGGGGAUGAGGGUCCCCCGGGUGACCCAGGUUUGCCUGGAAAAGCGGGCGAGCGGGGCCUUCGGGGGGCACCUGGAGCUCGGGGGCCUGUGGGUGAGAAGGGAGACCAGGGAGAUCCUGGAGAGGAUGGGCGAAACGGCAGCCCUGGACCAUCUGGACCCAAGGGUGAACGCGGGGAGCCGGGUUCCCCAGGACCCCCUGGACGGCUGGUGGACACAGGACUUGGAGUCAGAGAGAAGGGGGAGCCUGGAGACCGUGGACAAGAGGGUCCUCGAGGACCCAAGGGUGACCUUGGCCUCCCUGGAGCCCCUGGGGAGAGGGGCAUUGAUGGGCUUCGGGGACCCCCAGGUCCACAGGGGGACCCAGGCGUCCGAGGCUCAGCUGGAGAAAAGGGUGACCGGGGACCCCCUGGGCUAGAUGGCCGGAGUGGAUUGGAUGGCAAACCAGGAGCUCCUGGACCCCCUGGGCUGCCUGGUGCCGUGGGCAAAGCUGGGGACCCAGGAAGAGACGGGCUUCCAGGCCUUCGAGGAGAACAGGGGCCCCCUGGUCCUUCUGGCCCCCCUGGAGCACCAGGAAAGCCAGGCGAGGACGGCAAACCGGGUCUGAAUGGAAAAAACGGAGAACCUGGAGACCCUGGAGAAGAUGGGAGGAAGGGAGAGAAGGGAGAUUCAGGUGCCCCUGGGAGAGAAGGUUAUGAUGGCCCCAAGGGUGAGCGUGGAGCUCCUGGUAGCCCUGGACUCCAGGGCCCUCCAGGCCUCCCAGGGCCAGUUGGCCCUCCUGGCCAGGGUUUUCCUGGUGUCCCAGGAAGCAUGGGCCCCAAGGGUGACCGUGGUGAGACUGGAUCCAAAGGGGAACAGGGCCUCCCUGGAGAGCGAGGCCUGAGAGGAGAGCCUGGGAGCGUGCCGAAUGUGGAGCGGUUGCUGGAAACUGCUGGCAUCAAGGCGUCUGCCCUGCGGGAGAUCGUGGAGACUUGGGAUGAGAGCUCUGGGAGUUUCCUGCCUGUGCCUGAACGGCGGCGUGGCCCCAAAGGGGACGUGGGCGAACGGGGCCCCCCAGGAAAGGAGGGCCCCAUUGGCUUUCCUGGAGAACGUGGCCUGAAGGGAGAUCGUGGAGACCCUGGCCCUCAGGGGCCGCCUGGCCUGGCCCUUGGGGAAAGGGGCCCCCCUGGACCUCCCGGUCUUGCCGGGGAGCCUGGAAAGCCUGGUAUUCCUGGGCUCCCAGGCAGGGCUGGGAGUGUGGGGGAGGCAGGAAGGCCUGGAGAACGGGGAGAACGGGGAGAGAAAGGAGAACGUGGAGAACAGGGCAGAGAUGGCCCUCCUGGUCUCCCUGGACCCCCUGGAGUCCCUGGCCCCCCUGGCCCCAAGGUAGCAGUGGAUGGACCAGGUCCUGGACUCUCUGGAGAACAGGGACCCCCUGGACUCAAGGGUGCUAAGGGGGAGCCAGGCAUUGAUGGCGACCGAGGUCCCAAAGGAGAUAGGGGUGUGCCCGGUAUCAAGGGAGAGCAAGGAGAGCCCGGACAGAAGGGUCAGAAUGGCAGUCCGGGUCUACUAGGAGAGCGUGGUGUGUCUGGGUCUGAAGGGAAGCCGGGUCUUCAGGGUCCGAGGGGAGCCCCUGGCCCAGCAGGUGGCCAUGGAGACCCUGGACCACCUGGAGCCCCAGGUCUUGCUGGCCCUGCAGGACCCCAGGGGCCCUCCGGCCUGAAGGGGGAGCCAGGAGAGACAGGACCCCCAGGAAGGGGUUUGCCGGGACCUACUGGCGCUGUGGGACUUCCUGGCCCCCCUGGCCCUUCAGGCCUUGUGGGUCCACAGGGGUCACCAGGUUUGCCUGGACAAGUGGGGGAGACAGGGAAGCCGGGAGCCCCAGGUCGUGAUGGUAGCAGUGGAAAAGAUGGUGACAGAGGAAGCCCUGGUUUGCCAGGAUCACCAGGUCUGCCCGGUCCUGUUGGACCUAAAGGAGAAACUGGACCCAUGGGGGCCCCUGGACAGGCUGUGGUUGGUCCGCCUGGAGCAAAGGGAGAGAAGGGAGCCCCUGGAGGUUUUGUUGGAGACGUGGUGGGUGAACCGGGAGCCAAAGGUGACCGAGGAUUGCCAGGACCACGGGGCGAGAAGGGUGAAGCUGGCCGUGCAGGGGAGCCUGGAGAUCCUGGGGAAGAUGGUCAGAAAGGGGCUCCAGGACUCAAAGGUCACAAGGGUGACUCAGGAGUUGGGGUCCAGGGUGCCCCUGGGCCAAGUGGUCCUCCAGGUAUGAAGGGAGAACUGGGACCCCCUGGUCCCCCUGGUGUUCCUGGUAUUGUUGGAUUCCCUGGUCAGACUGGUCCUCGGGGAGAGAUGGGUCAGCCAGGCCCUAGCGGAGAGCGGGGUCUGGCAGGCCUCCCAGGAAGAGAAGGAGCCCCAGGCCCCUUGGGGCCGCCUGGACCACCAGGGUCAGUGGGACCACCUGGGGCCUCUGGACUCAAAGGAGACAAGGGAGAUGCUGGAGCAGGGCUUCCUGGGCCUCGAGGCGAGCGUGGGGAGCCAGGUGUCCGGGGUGAAGAUGGCCGCCCUGGCCCGGAGGGACCCCGAGGACUCAUGGGACCCCCUGGCAGCCGCGGGGAGCAUGGGGAGAAGGGUGAUGCUGGAACCGCAGGGCUGAAGGGUGACAAGGGUGAUUCAGCUGUGAUUGUGGGACCUCCAGGGCCACGAGGUGCCAAGGGGGACAUGGGUGAACGAGGGCCUCGGGGCAUAGAUGGUGACAAAGGACCUCAGGGAGAAAACGGGGACCCCGGAGACAAGGGCACCAAGGGAGAGCCUGGUGGCAAGGGCUCAGCUGGAUUGCCAGGACUGCGUGGACUCAUGGGACCUCAGGGUGAGCCUGGUGCAGCAGGGAUCCCUGGUGACCCGGGAUCCCCAGGAAAGGAUGGAGUCCCUGGUAUCAGAGGAAACAAAGGAGACAUGGGCUUCAUGGGUCCUCGGGGCCUCAAGGGUGAACGGGGAGUGAAAGGAGCCUGUGGCCUUGAUGGAGAGAAGGGAGACAAGGGAGAAGCUGGUCCCCCAGGCCGCCCUGGGCUGGCAGGACACAAAGGAGAGAUGGGGGAGCCUGGUGUGCCGGGCCAAUCGGGGGCCCCUGGCAAGGAAGGGCUGAUCGGUCCCAAGGGUGACCGAGGCUUUGAUGGGCAGCCAGGACCCAAGGGUGACCAGGGUGAGAAAGGGGAGCGGGGCCCCCCAGGAAUUGGAGGCUUCCCAGGUCCCAGGGGAAAUGAUGGCUCUAGUGGCCCCCCAGGGAUGCCCGGCAGCAUUGGUCCCAAAGGCCCUGAAGGACUUCAGGGCCAGAAGGGUGAGCGAGGUCCUCCUGGAGAGAGAGUGGUGGGUGCCCCUGGGGUUCCUGGGGCCCCUGGUGAGAGAGGGGAGCAGGGGAGGCCAGGGCCAACUGGCCCCCGUGGUGAGAAGGGAGAAGCUGCACUGACAGAGGAUGACAUUCGAGGCUUUGUGCGCCAGGAGAUGAGUCAGCAUUGUGCCUGCCAGGGCCAGUUUAUUGCAUCUGGAUCACGACCACUCCCUAGUUAUGCUGCAGACACCGCGGGCUCUCGGCUACACCCCGUGCCUGUGCUCCAGGUCUCUCACACAGAGGACGAAGACCAGGUGCCCCCUGAGGAUGACGAAUUCUCUGAAUAUUCUGAGUAUUCUGUUGAGGAGUACCAGGACCCUGAGGCUCCUUGGGAUGGUGAUGACCCCUGCUCCCUGCCGUUGGAUGAGGGCUCCUGUACUGCUUACACCCUGCGCUGGUACCAUCGGGUGUUCCCUGGAGGCAUGGAGGACUGUCACCCCUUUGUCUAUGGUGGCUGUGGAGGAAAUGCCAACCGUUUUGGGACCCGUGAAGCCUGUGAGCGCCGCUGCCCACCCUGGGUGUCCCAGAGCCAGGGGACAGGUGCUGCCCAGAGCUGAAGCCCGGAUGACAAGCUGGAGUUCAGUGUCCCUGGAGGAGUGGGGUCUCAGCAGGACCCUGCUGUCCCUCACCUUGGUGCUAGAGGCCUGUGUGCACAUGAGCGUGCAUGUGUGUGUCCGUUAUUUCAGUGACUUGGUCCUGUGGGUCUAGCCUUCCCCCUGUGGACAAACCCCCACUGUGGCUCUGCCUCCCCCUCCCUGGCAGAUGACUCACAGUGGAGGGUGGCUAUGGGCAGUGAGCGGAUGUGACUAAUGUCUGACCCGCCCCUUGACCCAAGCCUCUGAUGACAUGGUGCUGAUUCUGGGGGGCAUUAAAGCUGCUGUUUUAAAAGGC